AUGUCUCUUCGGCAACCUGCGCCUCCCGGUGCGCACGGCCCGGCACCGGCUCGGGGAAAGACCAGCCGCGCACCCCGGAGCCCAUGUCGCCGCCCGGCAACACAGAACUACAGCUCCCAGCAUGCCUCGGGACGGCGCAGUCCAUCCAACCCAGAGGGGAGUCGGCCAAGCGCACACAACCGCCCCCCCCCCCCCCGCUCCGCCCCCCUCUCCCCCAGCCCUCCGAAGCCCCGCGCGGUGCAGACCCCGCCGCACGCCCGGUCCGGUCCGGUCCGGUCCGGUCCGGCGCGGCGCCGCCGCCGCCCCGCACAAGGGCCGUUUCCGCAGAAGCCGCCGACCGCGUGGCGCCCCGACCGCCCGCCGCCUCGCCCCCUCCCCUCCCGGCCCGGCCCGGCCCGGGGCGGCCCCGACCACCAACCUCGUUGCUGCACUGCGCCUCGCCGGCCCGAGCCCGGUCCGGCCCCGCAGCCUCCGCCCAUAGUGCCGGCAAGCCCUGCACGGCACUUCCGCCCUGGGUUCCUCCGAGCCAAUCACGGAGCGCUUCCGCCCUCAAGGAAGGCAUGUCCGGACGCCACUUCCGCCCUCAGGCUCCAGCCAAUCACUGCGCCGCUUCCCUGUGGGACGGCGACCCUGAGGUUGCCCCUGCGUUGCCUUUUUUUUUUUUUUAAAGAAGGCCCGGGUGUGCUCGGUCCUCUCUCACCAGGUGUAUCUGCGAGAAACAUCUCAAUUCAUUUUCUUCACACACGAUCUUCUGUGAGGCUAUUUUAUUCGCGGUUGCAGUGGCGGGCGUCCUGCCAAUUAGGAGCGCGUUACAGAACCUGUGAUCUUUGUUUUGCUGUUCCCACACUGCUCGACCCGUUUUUCCUCAAGCUUCUGCCUUAUUUUGGAAGAGUGAGGCCUUCCACUGUCCACUUACCCACGUAGCAUUUCUCCUUAUUAUGACUACACAACUACCUUGGAGUACAGAAAAUUAGUUCUCUGCUGCAAAAACACAACUUAGUUUCUC